AUGGCGAAAUAUCGGUCCCGGUCCCGGUCCCCGGGCACAUCAAGCAAGAGAUAUCGUGAGGAUGACCGAUACGACAGGAAUCGAAGCAGGAGCAGAGAGAGAUACUACGACCGUGAACGCGACCGUUACCGUGAGGAUAGGCACCGAGGCGGUAGGGAUAGACGAGACCGCUCCAGGGAUAGAUUUCGUGAUCGUGACCAUCGACAUAGGAUAAGAUCCCCCGACCGAGCCCGCGAUUCCCGAGACCGAUCGCGAUCCAGAUCCCCUUCCCACCGCGCGAGAUAUAGCGACAGACGAGACCGCGAUCGGGGAGAAGACUCUAAGCGCAAUAGUCGUCAUGAGUCACCAGCUACGCCUGCACCAUCCGCUCCACAAACUGAAGAGGACAAAAAACGCGAGAGAUUAGAGCGACUGGAGGCCUGGAAGAAGAAAAAGGCCGAAGCAGAUCAAGCAAAGGCCAACGCCUCAAUUUCCCUUAGAGCAGACCAAUCCAUCCUCUCGCCGACAACAAAUACGGCCCCGCUUGCCCCAGCUAAAGAUGAAGAUUCAACUAGUCUAAAAGCGUCCACCCCCAUUUCUGAGAAACAAAAGGAUUCCAACGCUGACAGAUUACCUCCAGCUUCGAGAAAGCCAACUUUAGGCAAGUCUGAUCUUGAAAUAUCGAAGGCCGCAAUCCCGGUGCUUGGGUUGUCGGGAUUCGGGUUCAAAGGUAGCUCCAAGAAGCCAGGAACAGAGUCAAAAGGGAAACGUGCUCUUGAUUUUGGUGAUGAGGACGUUGCUAGGAAGAAGCUCGAAAGACUUCCUUCUCCAAAACCGGAUGAUAUCAACACCGCUACCGGCGAGCCGCCAGUUGAUGAAGGGGAUGAUGAUGUUGAUAUGCAAGACGACCUCGAGGCUUUACGUGCUGCGGCUGUUGAGCGUGGCGAAAGAAUGCAGAUUGACGAAACUGUCCCAGAGACUCAAAGUCAGAUGAACACGGAAAAGGAAGAAGAUAUCGAUCCUCUAGACGCCUUCAUGUCGAACAUUGCAUCAACGGCCACAGGGGUCCCCAAACCUCAAAAAGGACCCGCUCUCGCCGAGGCCAUGUUUGGAGACGACGACGAUAAUCUCACGGCUAUUGUAAACGACCCGGACGAUAUCCUAGCGAUGGCAUCCAAGAUGAAGAAAAAGAAAGAACUACCAACAGUUGAUCAUUCUAAAGUUCAGUAUGAGCCUUUCCGCAAGAGUUUUUACGUUGAACCUGCCGAGCUCGCAGAUAUGUCAACUCAGGAAGUCAAUGAUCUCAGGUUGGUGUUAGAUGGCAUCAAAGUCAGAGGUGCAAACUGCCCAAAGCCUGUCCAAAAAUGGAGUUUGCUUGGGCUGCCCUCUGCUACCUUAGAUGUAAUCAACAAAUUGGAGUACGAGAAACCCACCUCAAUCCAGGCACAAGCUAUCCCCGCAAUCAUGUCCGGGCGCAACGUGAUUGGUGUUGCGAAAACUGGAUCAGGGAAAACAAUGGCCUUUUUGCUCCCUAUGUUCCGCCAUAUCAAAGACCAAAGGCCCCUCGAGAAUCUGGAGGGCCCUAUUGCUCUUGUCAUGACUCCCACUCGAGAACUCGCCACCCAAAUCUUCAAAGAAAGCAAGCCUUUCCUAAAAGCUCUAAAUUUAAGGGGAGUUUGCGCAUACGGCGGGUCACCUAUCAAAGAUCAAAUCGCGGAGCUGAAAAGAGGAGCUGAGUUUAUUGUAUGCACCCCGGGACGAAUGAUCGACCUCCUUGCGGCAAACUCUGGCAGGGUAACGAAUUUGAAAAGAGUCACGUAUGUUGUACUCGAUGAAGCAGAUCGAAUGUUUGAUAUGGGGUUUGAACCCCAAGUUAUGAGAAUCAUUGGGAACAUUCGACCGGACAGACAAACGGUCUUGUUUUCGGCUACCUUCCCCUCGCAGAUGGAAGCGCUUGCACGCAAGGUAUUAAUCAAACCAGUUGAGAUAGUCGUCGGAGCGCGAAGUGUAGUAGCCGCGGAAGUAAGCCAGAUUGUUGAAGUAAGGACGGAAACUACUAAAUUCGCCAGGCUGCUCGAAAUUCUAGGCGAGCUCUACGAUAAGGAGGAUGAUGCCCGGUCACUUGUGUUUGUUGACAGACAAGAGUCAGCUGAUUCUUUACUCAGUGAUCUCAUGAAACGGGGCUAUGCGACAAUGUCCCUCCACGGAGGUAAAGACCAAAUUGACAGAGACUCGACGAUUUCCGAUUUCAAAGCCGGGGUAAGCCAAGUACUAGUUGCAACAUCCGUAGCAGCACGCGGUUUGGACGUCAAGCAGCUUAAGCUAGUCGUCAACUACGACUGCCCCAACCACAUGGAAGACUAUGUACACCGAGUUGGUAGGACUGGCCGUGCGGGCAACAAGGGAACCGCAGUGACAUUCAUCACACCCGAUCAGGAAAGGUAUGCCCAUGAUAUUGCAAAAGCACUGAAGCUAAGUGGGCAAGACGUCCCAGAAGAGGUCCAGAAACUUGUCAGCUCCUUUACGGAGAAAGUCAAAGCCGGUAAAGAAAAGGCCAGCAGCUCAGGGUUCGGAGGUAAAGGUCUCGAUCGACUUGAUCAAGAGCGUGAGACGGCAAGAAAAAGGGAACGAAAAGCCUACGGUGAAGAAGGAAACGAAGGAGAAGAGCCAGACGCCGAGGGCGAGGAAGUCAAAACUAAAACGGCCAUUGCCGCAACCACUACUGGGUCUAAAGGCCCUAAUCUCGAUGAUGCCAUUGUCGUCCAUAAACGUGACCCCGCGGCGUUGGCAGCGUUGGCAGCGGCGGCGGCGGCGGCGGCAGGCAGUCCCUCAGGAGCUUCAAACGCAGCUGCGGCGAAUUCAGUGCUUGACAAGGUUCUUGCUGCUACAUCUGACAUCCAAAAGCGCCUCACCAAAGCAAAUGUGCUACGAUCGGGUGCCCCUAUCGACAACAAAGGGCCUGACGCUGGGGCAUAUCAUGCGACUCUGGAGAUCAAUGAUUUCCCUCAGAAGGCAAGAUGGGCUGUCACAAACCGUACCAACAUUGCCAAAGUUUUGGAGGCAACGGGUACCUCUAUUACAACGAAAGGUUCAUACUACGCGGCAGGAAAAGCACCAGCGGCCGGACAAGACCCCAAAUUAUACAUCCUUGUUGAAGGAGAUACAGAACUCGUCGUUACUAAUGCUAUGAGGGAGUUGAAGAGACUUUUGGCUGAAGGUACCGCAGCGGCGGUGGAUAGCGAGAAUAGGGCAGUGACGACCGGAAGGUACAAUGUCCUUUAA